CGCUUGGCAGGCAUUUAAGGGCUACAAUUGACCCGAUUUUUAAUAUUGCCAAAAAAUUCUCAAUCUUGAACUAAUACUGUUCAGGAGAUAUUCACAAACAAUGAUCUGUUUCUCCAGUAUAUCAAUCUUUAAUGGUCACCGAGAGCUUUUGGGAAUAAUGUAAUAAUAUCCUAAUGGCAUUCUUGAUGGCAUAACCUGUUUAGCCAAACAGGCCAUGAAAUUCUCUAUAUUUCUGUCCUUAAAAUGUGCUGAAUUAUUUAACUUUACGCUGAAGCAGUUUUGUGCUUCACUGGCUUUCAGAAGUGGGGGCAAAAGCUAAACUUGGUCUUCCCUCGGUCAUUAAACAACAAUCCAGUUGAGUGAAUGAGUGUGUGUGUAUUCUUUGUGAGAAGAAUUGAACUCAUUUGUCUAUCCUUUACAGUGAAGUUGGCUGCCAUUCAUUAUCAAAUAGCACAUUGUUGGUAUUUGGAUGUGGGACCUGCCAGUGUUUUUCCAAUGGUGAGUGGGAAAUGCAUCACCAUUUCUUCACAAUCACUUGGUCAACUGGAAUCCCCUCUGAAGAGAAUUAUGAAUGUACCUACACCAAUUGGGCAGCAGCACUUCAAGAAGGCCACCACCUCAACAGCAAUUGAGGAUGGGCACUAAAUGCUGGCCCAGCCAGAAAGCCCAAUUCCCCUGAAUGAAUUUUAAAAAUGUAUAAAUCGCUGAGUUUGAAAUGUCUUACGGGGCUAAUGAAUUGUUUAUCUGUUGCUUUGCACGCUGCCUGAAUCCAUUGCUUGGAGCAUAAAUCUCUGGAAAAAAAUCAGAUAAAUCAAAAUGUUUGCCAAAAAAUGAAGAAUCUGUGCAGCAAUUAUUUUAUAAAUAGGUAUUGGUAGGGUAACUUUAAACUGGUUAAGGGAGUUAGCAUUCUGGAUAUUUGAGAUAGCCAAGGAGUAAUCCUAUCAAACGGCUGUGUAGGUUUGUAAAAUUUAGGGGCACUUGUACAUUCUGACACAAACUGCCAAUUGCGUGGAGGAGCACAUCUUAUAAAGUAUAAUAUACUGAAUUCACUUUGCAGACUGCAAAAAGAAUAAAUGAACUUUGACUGUGCUCUGUCUAAUUUUAGAUUUGGAAAAACAAUGUUUGUGCUUAAAAUAUUAUUUAUGGAAAAUAACUGAUUAGAUUAAAGUUACCUUGCUUUCUUUUCCUGUUAGGUUUGGGACCUCCGACAAAACAAGUUAAUUUAUACUAUGCGUGGUCAUACAGAUUCUGUGACUGGCUUGGCUCUAAGUGGAGAUGGCUCUUACCUCCUUUCUAAUUCAAUGGACAAUACAGUACGGGUCUGGGAUAUCCGUCCAUUUGCUCCAAAAGAGAGAUGUGUAAAAAUAUUCCAGGGUAAUGUGCAUAAUUUUGAAAAGAACCUCUUGAGAUGUUCAUGGUCAACUGAUGGAAGCAAAAUAGCUGCUGGAUCUGCUGACAGAUUCGUUUAUGUCUGGGAUACAACAUCACGAAGAAUACUAUAUAAAUUACCAGGGCAUGCAGGUUCAGUGAAUGAGGUGUCAUUUCAUCCAGAAGAACCAAUUAUUCUUUCCGCAUCCAGUGACAAAAGACUGUACAUCGGAGAGAUACAGUAAAAAGGAAGAGUUUGCGCAGAAGGACUUGUCGAACAUCAACUGGCAACUACACAGAAAAUGUUCAAAUUCCAGACAAAAAUGUAAUGCUGGUGGAAAGAAAAAUAUAUAAAUACUUGACAGGUGACCCCACCCUGUUUCAUUGCUUGGCAAAUAAGCUGGGCUGUUUCCCCAGUUUGUACAGUUCCUGUGGAGACCGAUUUGAAUGCAGAAUCUGAAUCUAGGCAGUCUGUAGCUAUAAAAACUGGCCUGCAUUCAGUUUUUUAUCAAGGCUGUACAGACAGUUUUUUGUUUUAUAUAAUCUGUUUUGUAAUAUUCAAAAGAAAUAAAUUCAUACCACUUUUGCUACAA